CUUCUACGGUGGCCGGAGAGGGACGCACCGGGCUGGAGGCUGCAGGAUGAUGCGAUUCAUGCUACUGUUCAGCCGACAGGGAAAACUUCGGCUACAAAAAUGGUACCUGGCCACCUCAGACAAGGAGAGGAAGAAGAUGGUCCGAGAGCUCAUGCAAGUCGUCCUGGCUCAAAAGCCCAAAAUGUGCAGCUUCCUGGAGUGGAGGGACCUCAAAGUUGUCUAUAAGAGAUACGCCAGUCUCUAUUUCUGCUGCGCCAUCGAAGGCCAAGACAACGAGCUGAUCACACUGGAGCUGAUCCACCGAUACGUAGAGCUCUUGGACAAGUACUUCGGCAGCGUAUGUGAGUUGGACAUCAUCUUCAACUUUGAGAAAGCCUACUUUAUCCUGGAUGAGUUUCUGAUGGGCGGGGAUGUCCAGGACACCUCCAAGAAGAGUGUGCUCAAAGCCAUUGAACAGGCUGACCUGCUGCAGGAGGAGGAUGAGUCGCCGCGCAGUGUCCUGGAGGAGAUGGGCCUGGCAUAGCCCCGUCAGCCAGCGGGGGGCCCUGUGGACCGGGGGAAGCCAAGACAAGAGACAGCACUCGGGGGCUGUUUCUCUCACCUCUCCCCUAGACCCCUUCUCUUGGAGGGACUCNGCUGCUUUUCCUCGGCCACCUUACCUACUUUAGAAGGAGCUGUGGCUCCAGCCCUUCGGCCCUUCGUACAAACAUUCCCUCCUUCCAAAUCUCCCUUCCCUCCACCCUCUACCUUUCCCAGCGAAGGCUUUAGGAUCUAGAAGGGAGGAAAAGCGUGACCUGGAUGGGGGUGCACAGUGGCUUCCAUUUCCCUUCCUUUGAAGAAGCAAUGUUGACCCCAGCCAUCCCUCGCUCUCCCUGUGUCCUGUGUGGCUGUAAAUAUAUAAAUACGUCAGGUUAAAGGGAAAAGGUUUCCAGGGCUCUUUUCUCUCCUCUGCCCCAAAACCUACCUCCACGCCUCCCCGUAANCAGCCAGGGCAGCUUCUCUGCCUGGGACCAGGGCAGCUUCUCUGCCUGGGAGGGGCUUUGUCCUCUCCAGCCCCCACUUCCUCCUGGGCUCCAGUGUCCAGCCAGAGCCAGGGAAGGAGUCAGAGAGUUCAUGUUUUUCUAACCUUGCUACUUGGAGGGAAGGGGAGGUUGGGGGAGAGGCCUGCCUUCUGGGACACUGACCCUGUCCCCUUUCCUCCACUCCACGGUGAUGGUGCGGCAGGAGCCAAGCAGGUGGCAUGGGCCAAGUGGCUGCCUUUAUCUCCUUUCUUCUGAAAUAAAAGGAAAAAGUGUUUCUGGAAAAAAAAAAAAAAAAAAAAAAAA